GUAGUAGCACGUCACCAUGACAGUGACGUCACCAGUUAAGCUGACGUCAGGCAGAGGCCUACCGGACGUCGUGCAGUGUUCACCCCCGCGCUGAUGUGACUGGCUCGUCCAGUCAGGAGUCUGCACCGCUGAGUUUAGUAGUUGCUUCGUUACGUUUCACUGUCGGCGUCUUUCUUCCUGUGACGGUAUCCGGACGGGAGGAGGCGGCUCCCGAGGGGGACCCGAGACGUUCACCCCGGUGAUUGGCUGGAGCGGAUCCCUGAUCUGUGAGUUCAGAGGGACGCAGUUUAUUAUGGAAGAGGUUUCCAAGAGAAGCAACAGCAGUAUUGGAAACGCGCAGAAACCCGCAGUCCCUUCUUCAGUGUUCCAAGCAGCUGAAAUCUGUCACGUUCCUUAACAGGUGAUCCAGCCUCUGAAGUAGCUCCAUCCUUGAGGAAUUCUUUACUUGCUGAUCCCUCAAAAGAUAUCCCUUCUGGCAAGAAAACAUUAAACAAGAUGUCGUUACGAGACACCGCUCAGAUAAACAUUGUGAUUCCAGGGGAGCAAAUUCAAGUUCAGGGUGUUAUCCAGACUGCACAGUCAUCCACCGUUAUUCACUCUCCUCAGGUUCCUGCAGCACAGGCUUCUUCACUCUCAGAAAGUGAAGACUCUCAAGAUUCCGGUGACAGCGUUGAUACUCCUCAGAAGGCACGGGGUCUUUUGGCUCGUAGGCCAUCCUACAGGAAAAUUUUCAACGAUUUGUCUUCGGAAGACACUGGGGAUAUAAAACAAGACGAAGACAGCCCUGGUGUUUCUGUGGUUGCACCCAUGUCAUCUGGUACAACCAUAUACCAGACAAGCUCUGGACAAUAUGUCACAAUUGCUCCAAAUGGAACUCUUCAGUUUGCUAGCCAAAGUGCAGAUGGUGUGCAGAGUUUGCAGGCAUUGGCAGUGACAAAUGCUGGUAAUGCUCAGUCCACAAUUCUACAGUAUGCUCAAACUUCAGAUGGCCAGCAGAUCCUUGUGCCUAGCAAUCAAGUGGUUGUACAGACUGCCUCAGGAGAUAUGCAAGCCUACCAGAUCCGGACCACCUCAACCACUACUUCCCUUCCACAAACCGUCGUUAUGACCUCACCUGUUUCAUUGUCCGGCUCAACAACUAAAACCGAUGACCCACAGCUGAAGCGUGAGAUUCGGCUAUACAAAAAUAGAGAGGCGGCCAGAGAAUGCCGUAGAAAGAAGAAGGAAUACGUGAAGUGCUUGGAAAACAGAGUUGCAGUCCUUGAAAACCAAAACAAAACUUUAAUUGAAGAGCUAAAGACUUUAAAAGAUUUGUACUGUCAUAAAACAGUUUAAGCGUAAGAAUUUUUUCGUGAACUCGAUCCCUUUUAGAGCGAGAGUUUCUUCUUCUUUUAUUUUCCUUUUUUUUUUCUUUUUUUUUUAACCAAAUUUUCUAAGAUUAAAGUGAGCGGCUAUAGAUGAAUCUUUUUAUUUUAUCUAUCCUUCACCGCCUUUUAAAGCAACAAUACCAUUUUUAAGUGUAAAGUCUCUGUAAGAACCGUAGAAGAAUGUUACCUGACGAAGAAAUAAAAUGCAUCCAGAAUGUAACGGAA